CAGUCACGCCGUGUCCGACCUACAGCGCGUGUGCGUGUGUGUGUGCUGCGUAGUCGUUAUCAGUGAUAAGGCCUGGACGCCCACCACCGCCCAUAACCUGUGCGUAUAGACAGAAUGUCCCAGCAGUGGGUGCUAGUGGUGCUGGUGCUGGUAUGGCAGACAUCGGGAGAGCAGCAGCAGAAGUUUGCCAUGGAGCCGCAAGACCAGACAGCAGUGGUCGGCAGUAGAGUCACUCUACCCUGCAGAGUCAUCAACAAGUCUGGACUGCUGCAAUGGACCAAGGAUGGCUUUGGUCUUGGCAACCUCACCGGCUUCGAACGAUACUCGAUGGUUGCCAAUGAAGAAGAAGGCGACUACUCUCUACAAAUAUUUCCUGUAUUGUUGGAGGACGACGCAGUGUACGUUUGCCAGGUGGCGCCAGGACCAAGUGGUGAUCCUCCUCUCAGUUCCACUGCUGCCAACCUCACAGUGCUGGUGUCCCCUGAACCUCCAGUCAUCAUCCAGGGCAGCCAACUGCUCACAACUGAAGGCAGAGACAUUCGAGUGGAAUGCAUCUCAAUAGCUGGAAAACCUCCAGCAGAGAUCACCUGGAUAGACGGCCUUGGUAAUGUACUGCAGGAGGGAACAGAACAGUUUCAUGAACCUCUGACUGACCAGCCAAAGUUGGUGACAGUUAGGUCGGUCCUCAAGAUGAGACCUACCAAGGACCACCACAACACGACUAUCACCUGUCAAGCUCAGAACAUGGCUGACAGGACAUAUCGCAGUGCUAGACUGAGACUAGAGGUCAAAUACGCCCCCAAGGUAAACCUCGUAAUGGUGGGCCAAGGAUCAAAGCUGGCGGAAGGACAAGACGUUAGACUGCUGUGCUCUGUUAGUGCUAAUCCUCCAGAAGUAUCGUACCGUUGGUUCAUCAAUGACCAACUAGUCCUGGGCGAUCCUGCUUCGGAACUUGUCCUGCAAAAAAUCUCUCAGAAGGACCACAACUCCCUCAUCAAAUGUGAGGUGUCCAACAUGGUUGGCAGGAGUGAGCAGAGUGAAAGACUCGAUGUGAGCUAUGGUCCCAGGUUCAGAGUGAAGCCCUACAGCGUGCAGGCCGAUGUUGGGGCAACAGUCACCCUCACUUGUGAUGUUGAUGGAAACCCAAAACCAAACAUCGUCUGGAUACAUGAGGACUCUGGCAGGGUAGUGAGCACUUCCUCCAACCUCACAAUCACCGUAACUCACGAGUCUGCCGGACGAUACUUCUGUCGAGCGACAGUCCCUGGGUUCCCCGACAUCAAGGCAGAUGCAACCAUCUACAUGAAGGGACCGCCCACCAUCAUCUCUCACCGAACGCAAUACGGCAUUCCCGGCGACACUGUUAGAUUAGAAUGUUCCGCAUUUUCCAUACCAACGCCUCAAAAAGUUGUAUGGAACUUCAAGGGCGAGGACGUUGCUUCUGAUUUGAAUUAUUCAGUUUUGGAGGAUCAGCUGACGGAAGGUAUCAAAAGCACUCUGAUUAUCCAAGAGUCAAGACUGGAGCAUUUUGGAGUUUACAACUGUACGGUGUCCAACCCUUAUGGCAGUGACGUGGUGGAAAUCACACUUAAAGCUCAGAAGAGUUUUCCCUUAAAUUCCACUGUGUUUGGUAUUAUUGUGGUAGUUCUCCUGAUCAUAACUGUUUCCAUGUUACUUCUUCUGUGUCAACGAAAGGAGAAAAAGAUUCACAUUGACAAGACCGACCAUCUGAAACACCAGAAAGAAAGUGACAGAUCGUCUAACAUAUCAGAUUUGAAACUAGAGAUAGAAUACAGUGGUGGUGAAGGAGAGGGGGGAAGUGAGACGGCCAGUGAGAGGGGAGGAGGGGGUCUUGGCCUCCCAUUGGCUGGACCGGUCCCUCUUGACCAUCGCUACUCUCAAAGAUACUCCUUCGCCGACUACUCUGAUCAAACGUUCCCUCCGAAAAAUAACAAUCAGAACAACGGCUACGUCGCUUACCUAGACUACUCCCGAGACUACAGUCCGCCCACUCCUCUGCCAGCCGGAGUGUCACCAGUACCAUCAGACAACACUGUAGACCCUAGGUACUCGGCGGUCUACGGCAACCCCUACCUGAGGCAUCCCGUGUCCCAGCUACCCCCUCCCCCUAGCAGACCCCAGGGUCCCCUACCUCCGCCUCCCUACGCCACCAUGACCGGUGUCCUGACCAAGACCAUCAACAGCGACGCCAACAGAGGAACUCUUGCCACUCAUGUGUAGCGUUUAUGUGAUUCCAUUGUAAAUAAUUUAGUUACGAGUUUCCAUGUGUUUUGAAUGCAGCUUAAACAAACUUUACAAUUUCGUAGAGAUAAGAAUUGUAUUGUGUUCAGCUAAAAAGAUACUUGAUCCAAUAAUCCAGUUGGAUUGAAAGUAUGUGAUGUGUUAUUAUAGAAAGGUACCAAAGAUAAACUAACGUCUUGGCUGAUCCGUCUAUUUGUAUAGCUUUUCUUGUGUCUUGAUAAAUUAAUGGUUUAUUUUCAUUGAGGUUUCCAACUAUAAAAGUAAAAAAAUGUCAUCAGUAAACAUUACGGAAUUUAAAAAUGUCUAAGUCUGUUAAAAAGCAAAAAAUUUGUAAUUUCAGAAAAUGUAAUUCCCAUUCCAAAAAAGAUCGCAUUUUAAAAUGUUACUAUUGGUUUUGUGUAUUUAAAAUAAUGGUUGGGGAGUUACCAGUUAUGUAAACUUUUUACUUUUACUAAGUGACUGAGUGGAGGGAAUUUGAAAGAGUAAUUGUCCAAAAUUAUUGUACAUUGAUCUUGAAACAAACCUAUUAUUUAAGUAGUGUUUGUUUACUAUGGAUAAAAGGUUCAUCAGCCAUACUUUAAAUUAUUUUUAUGUACAGCCUUUGUAAAAACAUUGAAUGUCUUCCUUAACCUGUAUUAUGCUUGAUACAAUAUGUUAACUGAAUAACAACGCUCAUACAACUAUUCUACUACCACAUUUUAAUUUAUUUAUUGUGUUCUUAUAUAAGCUAGCAUCAACCUUGUAAGAAAUAUUAAACUACUAAAUGUAAGAUUUAAACUAUGCUGUUAUAAGACUGUGGCUUUCUUUCAAAGUAUCUAAUUGCUGAAAUAUUGUGUAACUAUUGUAUCCAUUGAAAUGUUCCUACAUUUUUUACAUAUUUUGUAAAGUUAUUUGCUCGAGAUGAGGAAUGAAAUUCACAUCUCUCUUGUUUGUAUGAAAAGUCUUGUUUUGUAUUGUUGUUAGGUUUUGUAAGGUAUGUGUUAUUGUGAGAAAACAAAAAAGUGCUCUUAUAAAUUGUUGUUUUCUAUUCAUUGCAUUUAUAUGACAAAUAUUCUGUACUUACAUUACCGAAAAUGUACUUAAAACUGUCUUAAGAAAAUAAAUAUUAAAUUUUUGUA